AUGGGCGACGCGCCGAAGCGGCCCACGCGCAAGUUGUACAUUCCCGUCAAGGAGUUUCCCAACGUCUGCUUCAUGGGUCUGAUCCUGGGGCCGCGCGGCAACCACCACAAGCGCAUGGAGCGCGACACGCUCUGCAAGAUCCGCAUCCGCGGCAAGGGGUCGCUGCGCGAGGGGUCCCGCGGCAAGGACCAGCAGCGCGACCUCGACGACGACAAGGACGACAUGCACGUCUGGGUCGAGGGGCCCUCCGAGGCGCACGUGCAGCAGGCCGUGGACAUGAUCGAGCCCCUGCUCAACCCCGAGUCCGCGAAGAUCGACGAGCUCAAGGAGAAGCACCAGACGGAGCUCGCGGAGAUCAACGGCACGACGCGCACGGAG